ACUGUCCGUUAUAAGUUCGUUAUUGUUUAUUUUUUUCGAUUUAUCUUGUAACAGAAAUUUGAAAAAAAUCAGUUGAUUGGAAAAUUCUUAUUAUUUUUUUGAAUGUUAAUUCGUCAUAACUGAAACAUAUCAAAACAAUUUGUCAAAAUGUACGAAAUAAAAAUAUUUUUUCGGUUAUUUCAAAAGUAUAUGAAUAACAGAUGUGACAUCGUUGUUGUGAGAAAAUAACAAUUUCUAAGAAUCAGAAUCGAGUUGAAUUGAAUUUAUACCUUAUUCGUACAAAUCGUGUCAAAUGAUCAAAUUUCAUAUCAAUCAGUUAUGAAUAAUAUUAAAGCAAUUAAACUUACACUUGGCACAACUUUUGGAUACAAAUUAACGCAAUGAAUUAUUGGAUGCUUCUUGUUAUUAUUGGAUUGACAUUUGAUGGUCAUCGAGUAUGCAGCCUCAUUGUGACGGAAAUUAAUGUGCCAGGAAUUGUUGACUUUCGAGAUAAUGUUACAUUGUCGUGUAGCUAUAACAUGGCUGGACAUACAUUGAAUUCAGUCAAAUGGUACAAAGAUGAGAAUGAGUUUUUUCGUUACUCACCAAUGAUGCAUCCCUAUUACAUGAAAUUCCCUGUUGAAGGUGCUGAAGUUCAAGAAAACAAACAUAAUUGCAAUUCCUCAAUAUGUCGAAUUGAACUUGGAGCAUUGGGUAAAAAGUCAUCUGGUGUAUACAGAUGUGAGGUUUCUGGUGAUGCACCACAUUUUAAGUUAACAACUAAAGCAGCCAAUAUGACAGUAGCUGCCUUACCACAAAACAACCCCCUCAUAAGUGGAUUCCAUCCAAUGUAUCAUUUUGAUGAAUUUGUUACAGCAAAUUGUUCUUCAGAUUACUCAAGUCCCCCUGCAAUUUUGUCAUGGUAUAUAAAUGGUGAAUUGGCUUUACCUGCAGAACUUCAACCAAGGCAAGAAAACACAUUUGCUGCUCACGAUUAUCUACUCAAACGUCAAAUACUUCAAAUACAUUUCUAUGUGAAUGGACCGCGUUUCAUACAUUUCCGAAAAAUGCUAGAACUUAAAUGUGUGGCCGAUAUCAUUGGCUUUCCGCAUCUUCGGCGGGAAUCUAAAUCGUCAGCAGUCUUGACGCAUGAUCAAAACCUCAACAAUCAAAUGCUUCUCAGUACAGGUGAACGAAGUGCUUCUUCAGCGACGAUAUUUGCUGUUAGUAUUCUACGACUUGCUAUGUCUAUCAUCUUCCUUCAGUCUGCAAUUUUCAGCUAGUCACUCACCUCCAAAAGGUUUUACUAAUCAC